AUGAGUACUCGCCGUACAUCCCUUUGGUCCGUAUUGCCUCCUCGAGAUGCUGAAUGUGAUCUAUUUGCUCCUGAGAUUGCUAAGUGGAUGUCUAUUGUUUUGGAGAGGGAUAUAUCCUCUGACUUGCUGACAGAGCUAGAGAAAGGAGAUCUGCUCUGCGAACUAUUCAUAAAGCUUUGCCCGAAUGAACGCUUUGGUAAAUAUCAUCGAAAUGCAAUGAUGGAUAUCUGGAAACGCGAUAAUAUGAAGCUCUUUGCAGAUGCUACCAAUCAUUAUGGCGUUCCCAAGUCCGCCUUGAUGAGCUAUACUUAUUUUGAAUCAAAAAAUGUAACAAUUAUGGAUAUGCAUCUAAGAAAUCAGGAAGCAAUGCUAAUAACUAGUCUUCUAGUGUUUGUAAAAGUAUUAAUUGAAAAGCAGGGCGCUGAAGCGAUACACCUCCCUGAGUCAUUUAUUAAAACAAGUAAUCCUGAUAGGUUUAAUCGAUUGUAG